GGAUAAGAAAGGCGUGGUGAAUGGGGGCGUGGGCCCUGGCAAGUGCACUCCUUGGCCAAUCAGCAGCCUGCCCAGCCGGUGGAUUCAGUUACAAGUCCGAGAUCACCCCAUACUCCAGCCUCUUUCCUACUCCUCCCAAAGCUCCAUUCAUUGGCCCCGCUGCACUGGGUCUGCAGGGCACUGCUUCCGCUCAAUUGCUAAAGCUCCUGCCUCGUGGGCUGCCGGGGGUAGGUGUCCUGGGGGCUUUGUCUGACUGGGCUGGCCUAGGACAGAAUGGGGGUUCCGGUAGUGCUGUUAGGGAUGCUGAGCUUCCUGGGAGUGGCUAUGGGAGGCCCCUCUGCCCUCCGCUGGGACAGCACCUCCUGCCACUUGGCCAGUCCCAUCCCCGGCAGCCCCUUGGGGACCCUGAGCUUUCUGAGCAAGGGUGCCCAAAGACUGGCCCUGUUCCACACCCGCUGGGACAGGCAUGGGAGGCUGCAAGCGUGUAGCUGGCAAGACGAGCCAGAGCUCACCGCAGCCUUCAGUGCCCUCUGUGCUGGUGAGAUCACCCAGGGCUCCUUCAUCCACACCCCCGGCCCCGAGCUGCAGAGAGCCCUGGCCACCCUUUGGAGUCAGUGGAGGGCCUGCAGAGGGCCUGAAGGGGCUAGGGAGAAGCGAGCAGCAGAGACCAGGGAAGAGCAAGCAGGUGGAGCUCCUGGGAGCUUAAGACCUCAGCGGGUGAAGAGAGGCUGGACCAUGCCUGGCACCUUGUGGUGUGGAGUAGGGGAUUCUGCUGGAAACUCCUCCGAGCUGGGGGUCUUCCAAGGCCCUGAUCUCUGCUGUCGGGAGCAUGACCGCUGCCCACAGAACAUCUCGCCUUUCCAGUACAGCUACGGCAUCCGAAACUACCGAUUCCACACGAUCUCCCAUUGUGACUGUGAUGCCAGGUUCCAGCAAUGCCUGCAGAACCAGCGGGACUCCAUCUCGGACAUCGUGGGCGUGGCCUUCUUCAAUGUGCUGGAGAUCCCCUGCUUUGUGCUUGAGGAACAGGAGGCGUGUGUGGCGUGGUACUGGUGGGGAGGGUGUAGAACAUAUGGCUCCAUACCCCUUGCCCGCCUCCAGUCCAGGACCAUCUACAAUGCCUCCUGGAGCUCUCCCACCACCCCCGUGACUCCCAGCCUCCAAAGCCCAGCCCCCAGCAAGCCUCGACAGAAGCAGCACACCCACAAAACCAACACCACAGCCCUCUGGGUCCCCAUGGCCUCCACCCAUCCAGGCUUCCAGUGGCCACAUAAUGGCCUAAAACCCCGGGAUGCCCGCCGGGCCUGCCGCAGCUUCCACCGCCUGGAUCAAUGCGAGCAGCAGAUUGGGCCUCAGGAGACCAAGUUCCAGCUGCUCAAUAGCGCCCACGGGCCCCUCUUCCACUGCAAUUGCACACGUCGUCUGGCACGCUUCCUGAGGCUCCACAGCCCACCUGAGGGCACCAACGUGCUUUGGGAGCUGCUAGGCAUGACCUGCUUCGAGCUUGCCCCUCCACUGGACUGUGCUGAAGGCAAAGGCUGUUCCAGAGACCCUAGGGCCAUUAAGGUACCAGCCCGGCACUUGCGGCGACUUCAAAAGAGGCGACGCCAGCUCUGGGGUGUGGGCACAGGUGAGGGGCAGUUGCAGCCUUCGGAUCACCCAAGAGCCCCCAUGUCAUUCUAUGACCGCUGCCUGCAGCUGACCUUGCAGAGACCCAACAGGAGGGAGAAAUCCUAGAACUGGUGAUCUCAAUUCCAGCUCUCCUGGGCACCAGACGGGGCCCUGCCUCUAGCUCUGCUAGGCCCCAGGGGUUCUUGGCUUCCUCUCCAUGUGUUAGACUGAAGCGUGGCUCGGGACCCCCGUGGACAGCCAGGAGGCAAGGGGAGGUGAGGCUGAAAUACUGGACCACGUCUCCUGCUGUGCUGGGUGAUUUUGAGCUGGUGACCCA